GACUGUAAAAUAAAGCGCUUACGUGGAAUUUCUUACAGGUAAAGCAAAGCAAGACUCAAGUAAACGUUAGCGACUCCUUCAUGAACACCUCUGGGAUGACAACUUCUGGGAUCGAUUACCAGGCCACUACACCAGGACAAUCGUCCCUUCAAACCGCAUUCAGCUCCAUGGACGGGAAGGAUGGCCAUCCGCCCGGUGCCGAAAAGAUUGACCUCAUCCUCUUCAGAAAGAAAAAGUUCAACAAGUACUGGAGCUUCGGGUUUUCCCUGCGAAGGGCUGAGGGUGAAGCCGCCAACAGUUACUUCGUAUAUGUGGACAAAGUAACCGCCGAUAGUCCGGCCGACCGGUCGCAGUUACUCCCAUUGGACGUCGUGCUUUCCGUGAACAGCACACCAGUGGACGAUGUGCCGCUCGGAAGAGUGCAAAAGAUGAUCGGCAGUUCGGGAGACCAGCUUGUGCUUUCGGUGAUGGCUUCCAGUGUCUACCGGCUACUGACUACACGUCGAGAUGUCAUGGGCGUUUUGAAGAUGGCUGCCAAAGAUACCGUAGUACUGGCUGGAGUACCCACGCUGUGCACGGGCAACCAACCUUAUGGAUUGGACAUUGCUGAUGUGAAGGUCUGGAACGAGGACACCAAACAAUACACCAGGGUCUUCGUGCUGAUGCACGUCAAUUCGACGCCCGUGAACAACCGGAAGCUCUUCCCUGGAGACGUGAUGACACACGUGGACGGUGCGUCUCUGGACGGUCUCUCCAAGGAUGAGGUCAUGCGUGUGCUGCAGACGGGCAAUAACCAGGUGACCAUCAACGUCGUGGCGUGUUCGCCCUUUCGUCAGAAGCGUCUCAGGAUCAGCAAACUGAACGAGACUGCAAUUACAGAUGCGAAUAUUCUGAGCAAAUCGACUGCUGCAGAUAUAGAGACGUGAAUACGAGACGUCAAAACAACUUUAUAGCAAUACAGCGUUCGAUGAGUGAAUAUAAGUGAAAGUAUACUGUAUAAGUAUA